AGGCGCGGAAGAUGGAGGACUACGGGCGAUUCUUGGCGCUGCUGGCCUCCGCGCUGCUGGUCGGCUUCGUGUCCGUCAUCCUCUCCUUCGUCUGGGUCUUCCACUACCGCGAGGGGCUGAGCUGGGACGGCGGCGCGGGAGAGUUCAACUGGCACCCCGUCCUCGUCGUCACGGGCUUCGUCUUCAUCCAGGGCAUUGCUAUUAUUGUGUACAGAUUGCCCUGGACCUGGAAGUGCAGCAAACUCCUAAUGAAGUUCAUCCACGCUGGAUUAAAUACCAUAGCUAUGAUUCUUGCCAUCGUUGCUAUGGUCGCCGCGUUCGAAUACCACAAUGCCCAGAACAUUCCUAACAUGUACAGUCUGCACAGCUGGAUCGGGCUGACUGCUCUUAUAUGUUAUUCUCUCCAGCUCUUCUUCGGUUUUGCUGUCUUUCUGCUCCCUUUUGCUCCAGUUUAUCUCCGAGCACUUCUCAUGCCAAUACACGUUUAUUCGGGUCUUACCAUCUUUGCAACAGUGAUUGCAACCGCUCUCAUGGGAAUCACAGAAAAGCUUUUAUUUUCAUUGAGAGAUCCUGCAUACAGUUCAUCCCCACCAGAAGCAACUUUUGUCAACUGUCUUGGUCUUUUGCUUGUCAUAUUUGGUUUACUUAUUUUGUGGAUGGCAAGCAGGCCCCAUUGGAAGCGCCCCCUAGAAGAGAGCACUAAAGUCCUGCGGCCCAUUGGAGGGACUGCUGAAGGCACAGAGGUGGAAUCCACAAUGACAAGUAGCAGUAAUGCAGAUAAAUCUGAUAUGAGGAUCAAUACUGAAGCAGCCAGAAAACAAAACCUCAAAUUUGAUGAAUCAGGCCAAAGAUCAACUAUGUAAAGAAAAUACAGAGAAUAAAAGUACUAUUAUACUGCCAAAAUCUGCCUGUCCCCCUGGUGGGGUUCUUUCUAAUAGUUAUAUUGAUAUAAAAAUAGGUUGGGGGGUUAUUUUCAUUAUGGCUUGCUCAAAGAGACUCAAGUUUUCUGCAUAUGAGUUUAAAUUCCAGUAAGUCCCAAACAUAUUAUACUGGUUCCUGCUCAGUUCUCAUUUAAAAAACGAGAGCAUGAAUGACAUGAAUGACAUGAAUGACAUGAGAUAAUUAAAAAAUGUUUUCUAUAUAAUUUCCUAAUUUUAUGCUUAUAUCACUUAUAGCCAUGAAAAAUUAACAAGAUUGAGACUAAAUUUUGCUCUGAUUUUGCAGGUUAUGACUCAGUCAUGUAGUAUACUAGACAGAAGAAUUUAGUUGUUCACACAUAAACUUUCUGGUAACAUUCCAUUUUUUAGAGCUGUGAUUUCUCUAGCUGAUUAACCCCCUCACCAGCUGCUGAGAUCUAUGGGAUUUGAGGUCAUUCAGCACUUUGAAGAGUUGCUCCAUAAAAAUUACUCCAAUUUUAGUCUAAAAUUUUUAAUUCAAAACAGGAAAUUAAAAGUUUGCUUGAUAACUUCAUAAAAUGUUAUGUUUCCUUUACAAACUUGUGGUUAUUUUUUUUUCUAAAUCAGAAUGUAUCUGUUGACUUUUUAACAAACUCUACCAAAUAUAUUGUAUACAGACAACA